GAUUCCCAGCUCUGCUUAUAGGCACUGCUGCCUCCAAAGAAUGUCAAUUUAAUGGAAAGCAGAAGCACAGCAUCUUCCAGAGCUGCCAUAAGGAAACAAAGCGUCAUUAUCGUUUCUUUCAGUUCUCAGCAUAAAAGGAAGUAACACUUAAUAAAAGCCAUUGGCUGCAAGAUUUCAUAAGAGAGAAAGAAGCAGAGAGAAAGGACGAGAACUGUGCUGUGGAAAAGCAGGUGUGAUUCAUGAAUUAACUGGAGUUUUGAACCCUAUGGGAUACUGAUGAAACAAACAAUUUUCACAGACAUGGAUAAUUCAAGAACACAAGACACUUUUUCACAGUUAAGCCAAGAAAAAAUCCUCAAAAUUAUGAACAUGGUGAAAAAUAAAGAAGUGAGCAUUGAAGACGCUUUGCAUUUGGCACAGAAAGAGGUGUACGCUGAAAAGGAUUCACAGGAUUUGCUAACCGGCUCCCAAUUUAACUUCAUCAUCUACAAAUACAAACAUUAUCGGUGGCAGAAACGAAUUUUGCAGAUUGAUUUCAACACAAGGACCAUUUUUAACAUUGAAAAAGGAAUUAUUAAGAAACAGUUCCCUUUCUCACAAGUCAAAGCCUGUGAAGAUACUGAAAGGAGGCGUUUCAGCAUUGUGUUUCAUGGGCGACAAGAUUAUGAGCUGGAAGCAGUGUCUCUUGAUGAUAAAAGGAAGAUAACAUACCUUCUGAGCAGAGUCAUACAGAGCAAUUCAUGCAAGAGACCAGCAGAGUCAAGCUUUGGAAGACCUGCAGAAUGUGAUGUGAUACAUGAAGGACUGUUGGAUUUGCAGCAAAACACUUGUACAUGCACUGAAUGGGUGAAGUACUUGGUACAACUACAUGAAGGAGAAUUGGCUUUAUAUUGCAUAGAUCUGGGAAGAAAGAACAGCACUGCAGACCCUGUAACAACUACAAUUAAUUUGACAGGUGGUGAUGUGAGUGUCAGCAAGGAAGAUGGAUGCAGUACCUUUUCAAUUCAGACCAAAGAACACAAUUAUUUGUUUCGUAUACCCCUUACUGUCCAAAAUAACAGGAUGGAGGAUGUCAGCAAGCUCCAGAAUGAGUGGGUCUCUCUCAUAGAAAGGUACUGUCAGCUGUGCAAGGGUGCCUCGCUGCCUCAGGAGGGGUCUCAAGGAUGCACCUUCUCUGAAGCUGAUUACGAGGAUUUCACUGAACCUCUGAAUGAACAGAAAGAAGAGAUCUUCCACUUAGGUGGGAGCUCUCCAACAGCCAGUCUGAACAAGUCUUCAAGCCCCCAGACAAAGUUUACAGAGGGGGAAUCAGCCUCAGCAUCACCACCUCUUCCACGUCCCAGAAGCAAGGCAGAGGUUCCACCAGCCCCACCUGCACUCCCACAGCCCUGCAGCCUCACUCCAUUGACAAAGAGAACCAAAGCCUUUCACUGGGAUGUUGUUCCUUAUGAUAAGAUUCAAAAGUCUGUCUGGGGAUCGUGUGACCCAUGCAAGAAAAAAAUAGAUGUAUCCAGACUCUGUGACCAGUUCCAGAUCCAGGAGACUGCAUUAUUUUUAGGCAAUGAACCUUCAGUGAAUCAGCACAUCAUGUUAGAUCGAAAAGUUGCGCAUAACUUCAACAUUUUUCUUAAAAGUUUCCACAUAAGACCAAGUGAGCUGAAAGAAAAACUAUAUAUUGUACAUGAAAAGAAUGGUGGACUUACGGAUGAGCAGAUUACAGCACUAAGAAGAUACAUGCCAACACCAAAAGAUGCAGAAAGGUACCAGUCAUUCAAGGGGUCUUCUUCAGAGCUGCACGUGGUGGAUCAGUUUAUGUUAGAGAUGUGUAAAAUCCCCCACUUAGGCCAGAGGUUGGAUCUUCUGCUUACCAUACGUGAGCUCCCUGUAAGCAUGAGAGAUUUGGAGCCUAUUUGUGUAUUUCAGCUAAUAACCCAGAAAAUCCAAGCAAGUAAGCAGCUGCUAUCCAGCCAAAAAUUUGUUGCUGUCUUGGAGUACAUUUUAGCCAUUGGGAACCAUUUAAAUGAAAAGGCUGGAAAAGAGAAGACAAAAGGAUUUCGAUUGUCAUCUUUGACCAAAUUACCUCUGUUGCGGGGUAAAGAGAAGACAUUCACCUUGCUUCACGCCCUUGUGGAACAGAUCUUCUUACAUGAGCCUGAUCUUGCCAAAUUUUCUGAGGAGUUGACAGAAUUUGAAGCUGUUCCCGAUGCUUCCAUGAAGGGCCUCAGCGCUGAAGUUGAUGUUUUAAAGAAAGAAUUGGAAGACGUUAUUCAGUGCAGGCGGCUUAUUAAACCCAAGACAAUCAAAGUGACAUCCCAGGAGUCACAGUUCUGCAAGGAUCUAAAGGAUUUAAUUCAGAAAUAUGAAGGGGAUCUAUCCCAACUGUCAAAGAGAUGUGAUGAAAUGAAGAAGCUUUACAGCAACGUACUGGUAAAAUUUGGGGAGCCACAAGACCUGGACUCUCAGGAACUGUUUGGAUGGAUAUCUUCAUUCAUUAGUGAGUUUAGGAAGGCCUGUGCUGAAGUUAUGCCAUAAGGACAACAUAAAUCUUAUAAAGAGGUGAGGGAAAGAGAAGACCAGGAAACAACAUUUAAGCUAACUGGUUUGAAAGCUUCUCUACUAAUAAGUAGCCUCUAGUAUAUAGUCUGUACAGCCAUAUACCUUGAUUUUGGGAGAUAUUUGAUUUAUGUGCAAGUGGUAUUUGACCUUUAGGAUAACAGAUCACUUAUGAGGCUCUCUACCUUUUGUGGUGUACGUGCUUUUGUAUUUUGAGAUGCCUGUAUUUUUAGAAAGGACACAGUUUGGAGAUUUUAUAAUCUUUCUUUCUAAUAUUUUCCUUUAAUGUAUAUUGUGUUGAGUUUUAACUAUUACUUUCCAUGAAUAAGCUUCUGUAUGAUCAUCUGUUUUUUUAAUUACUUUUUUCUGUAGUUUUCUAACCAACACUCUACGAGUUUUAUAAUGAAACAGGGAGCUGUUACCCAUAGAGGAGAGUAUUUAGCAAAAAUUCUUGUUUGUUUUUCUGCUAUUGAAGCAUUGCAGCCUUAGUAUGUCAUGGAGAAAGUAUCUGGCUGGGUGGGUUUUGGUUUAUUUUCCCCAAAGUGGUGCAAUAAAACAGUGCUUUUUAUGGCUGAUGUAAUGUAUUCAGGUAAAAUACUAUAGAAGGCAAUCAGGGUGAGAUUUGCCUUGGCAGGAAAAGAAAAAUAUCAGAGGAGCAAAAUAAAAACUUGUCAUGAUGCAUCCAA